AUGCUGGAAGGCAAGGCAGUCAUCAGCGAGACCGACAUGCUGCAGACCAUGCAGCAGCACGCCCUCCAUGUCACUGCCAAGGCCCUCGAUGCCUUUGAUAUUACCGACUCCACCAACAUUGCCUGCUACAUCAAGAAGGAAUUUGAUCAGGCAUAUGGGCCGGGGUGGCAAUGCAUUGUGGGGACAGAUUUUGGAUCCUUCGUCACACACUGCUGCGGGUGCUUCAUCUACUUCUGCAUUGGCAGCUUGGCGAUCAUGCUCUUUAAGGGCGUGGCUCUGGGUCCCGAGGCCAAUAUGGGUCCAUUCCACGCUAUGGAGGCAGUGGAGGCCUGA